AUGUCUCACCUGGGAUUAGGCGUGCCGCCUGCGGGUGGCGCAGGCGACGCGCCGUAUGUGGACUUCAGCCCGAUAUCGGAUGAAGGCGAUCCGGCUUCCCACUCGCCGACAUUUUCCUCUGCGGCCGCCCCUGCGGGCGAGUCAUUUUUGAGCGAUUCCUCGUUUUCUGCGGUUCCAUCGCCGUCGCCCCCCGCGCUCGGCGCUGCGUCGACUGCCGGUCCCUCGAGCGUCUAUACACCUCAGCUGAAGGGCAGCGCCUCGCUGUCCUUCUCGCCUCCUUCUUCGCUGCCGCUGCUUGGAUUGCCCUUCUCCUGUUCGCUUGCGGCGCCGCCUCCGUGGCAAGCACCCGCCGCCUCCGCGUCCUCUGCGCCGUUCCUCGGCGCGUCCUUUCCGCUCGCCUCUUUCCCGCAGCUCGCGCCGCCCGCUGCUUCCACGGCGCCGGGGCCGCCGGCGGCCGCCGCCUUUGCCCCCGAAGCGCCUCCCUCCGUCGCCAGCGACGCUGCGCCGCUGCUGGGUGGCAGCACUGCGAGCUGCCUCGCGGCGCUUCGUGAACAGUUUGGCAAGCAGAGCCGCCAAGCCGCAGGCAGCCCAAGCACUCCGCAAGCCGAACGCCUGGCGGAGGCCUGCUCCCGGGCCGCCGGAGACGAAGAGCCCUUCCCCGAAAAAUCCAUGCGCCACCAGCUGCGGCGCCUCGACAACCGCCAGGCGGCGAUCGAGAUGCUGGCGAACUUCCUCCAGCCUUACGUCGCGUCGGAGGCUGAGCGUUUGGUCGCGAUCUUCGCGGAGGAGGCGCAGCGGCCCAGUGCCUUGCCCAUCACGCGGCUCUCUAUUUUCUAUCUUUUUCACCAUCUGCUGCAUCAGCCGCUCGCGAGCCCGUCGCCUCCGGGCAGCAGCUUUCCGCCGGAAGUUUCCGGCGGGGAGCAUGAGGCCGCGCUUGUGGCAAAACUUCCGCCGCGAAGAAGCAAACGACUCGGCGACCUCGGCUACUACGUCUUCCUCAUUCCCCUUGUACAGAUGCUACCUCAGUUUCCGCCGCAGCUCGUUGAGAAAGUCCUCCGCUGCUGCUGUAUCUCGGCCGAGCGCGGGUUCUACACGCCUGAGGCCCUGCGGCAUUUGCUUUCGUUUAUCCCUUUGGCGAGUGUGUCAGUCGCGUCGAAUCUCGCAGAAAUUCAUCCGCUGCUGCCCAGCUUCCUCCACCCCUCUAAGUUGGCGAAGAAGCCGAGUCUGGCUUCCGCGCCGCUGCUCCACGAGCGAGGCGGCGCCCACGGCUUCUGCUUCUCCUGCCGCUCGCUGCUUCAGCUCCCCGCCCUACGCUGCCUCUUGAAGACGCCUAGUGUCACAAAGGGCAUCGCCUAUGCGCGAUCCAAGCUCGCCGAGCUCCCCUUCGCGGCGGCGCCCGCUGCGGACGUCCCCACGCUCCUUCUUCCGCCGGCGUCGUCCUCCACGUCCUUCGCCCUGUCUCCGCCUCCCGCGGUGCUCUCCACGAAUCUCUUCGCGGGCCUACCGGCAGGGCAGCUGACGGAGUGCAGCGCGGCACUAGACAGAGCCACUCGCCUCACAGGGCAGGAGUUCAUUCUGCUGCAGUCUUCGCUCCUCGACCUCGCGGCGAUUCUCCAGUGUCUCCACGAAGACUUUGUUCGCCUCAGCGGCUCCAUCACGGCGACGACAGCGGCUCUCGCAGAGCCCGCGGCGGCCUCGCUGCCCUCGCCCUCGGCUCGGCGUGCGCGGCGGCCCUCCAGCCGCGAGCGAGAUCGCGACGCGCGAGAGAAAGGCAAAGAGGAGAAGCGGAAGACCGGCGGGGAGCCCGUCGUCGCAGGUGCUGAGAUCAAGAAGCCGAGAAGCGAGCGGCAGUGA